AUGGCGUAUUCUAUAUGUUUGGGCCGAGUUCAGUCCGUGCUAGGCAGCCAAGGCCCUUUUGCUAGAGUGAUGUGGAAAUUGUUACUGAGUGAAUCCACCAAAUUAAUUGAUGAAGAGCUUGAAGUUCACGGAGUCACUGAGCUGGAGAGUCACGGGCUUUUGCCGGUCGGACCAUCAGAAGAACUGAUCGCAAAGAAGGAGCAAGUCAACGGAAGUAAACAGCAACCAAUACUACCCUACCCUGCCACCCGCCCUCUUCCAAUAUUCAGUCCACCCGCAAUCUUACCGUUGCAUCUCCGCCGUCCGCUGGCCUCGUGGGGCCACGGGAUAACUGCCGUGACAGGCGCGCUAAAGCAUUACGUGGCGUACGUGCCAACUGCAGCAGUUUUAAGCCGCACUAUUCUUCCUCCUCCGCCAUCGCAUGGAUUAGCGCGCAGUCUCUCCCUCCCCCCCUCCCAGGUUAAGUGCAAGAAAAUGGCAUCCCUUACUCCUGGGGUAUUGAUAAAGCUUCUCAAGAACUUAAACACUGAUGUAAAAAUAUGCGGCGAACAUCGGUCUGUCCUUCUUCAAGUAGUCAGCAUUGUACCCGCGUUAACUGGUUUAGAACUUUGGCCAGAUCAUGGCUUCUUUAUAAAGUUGCAACUCGGCCAAUUCAUCUACAUUGACAAAGUGGAGGCUGGAACCCCAGUCCCUGUCCUUGUCGGCGUGCGACCUCUGCCCGGAAGGAACCCAUGCAUAGGGAACCCAAAGGACCUAAUGGACAUGCUAGUCCUUCCUGAUAAUUUUGAAACACAAGAUCAGGAGAAGAAAACUUCAAAGACAUACGAGUUAUCUAAAGCCGACAAAGGGAGGACAAAACAGAAAGUGGUCAUCAAAGAGGAGAAGAAUGUGGUUGCAUCUCGAUACAUGCAAGGUGUUUCAAGGAGUAGCAUGAGAAAUUCUACUUCUGAAACCAACUCACCACCCAGUCAAAAGGUCGAAGAAAAGGUCAUAGUUGUUGUUCCUUUGGGGGCCAAGCAAGAGCCUAAAUGUCAAGUAUUACAGGCGAAAACUAUAAUCCCAUGCAACCAAAAUAAAAUAGUCGACGUAAAGCAGGAAAGUUCAGUCGAUGACCUAAAAGGCGAUUCAAAAGUUCCAAAGACAGUACCUGCCAAGUCUAGUCGUAUCGUAAAGAAGAUAGCGCCUUCCGACUCAGUUUACUCUUCAUCAAGCAGCAAUAGAAGAAAAGUUGUGGAUGCCAUCCCAUGGGAAUCUCUUCCUGCCAGUCUAAUCAAGCCUGGGAAGGGAAUGAUUAAAAGAAAAAACACAGCUUUUCUGAUAGUAGCGGAGGCGAAAAAAGAAGCAACUGCUGCUGCAGCUCUUGUUAAAGGCCUGGGCAUAUUUGCUGAUCUACGCAAGUCUUCGGUGGAGGAGAAUCUCCACAUAGCUCUCGCGAAGUUUUUUUCUCUUCACCGGCUUUUAGAUCAGCCAAGCAUAGCAGCUCAAGACAGCUCCUCUGGGAUCCUGAGACAACUUGCUGAAGGAGAAAAGUCGAUCAAGAAACUUACAUUGCCUUUGCGUAGUGAUAAAAGCAAUUCCAAUUCUGCAAAAUUCACAGUGGAGUCCCUUGCCGAUGAGAGGAUGGAGUGGGCAAGGGGGGAUGGCCUGAAUGAGAUCCAAGAACUAAGGACCAAACUCCGAAAAGAAUCACAGUCAUGGUUCUUAGGUUUCUUAGAAAGUGCUCUCGACACUGGCUUCUCCGCAGAGUCACCACCGACAAAGAAGGGUCCCAAGGAUCGUGGUGGGGAGAACGCAAAGGAGUCCCACGAGCUGAUUGCAGGAACACUCUCGCAACUCAAGGAAGCAAGUAACUGGUUAGAUCAACUUCAAAAUUCUGGUGACACCGAACCAGAUAGAGGAUUGGCCGAGACAAUCAAUCGGUUGAAGCAAAAGAUAUAUGUUUGUUUACUCGAACAUGUUGAAUCAGCCGCAUCAGCCCUCGAAGGGAGAAAAAGUAGCACAUGAUUCAUAACUCUAUACAAAGAAAAUUUGUUCCCUCUAAAAAACGGCGAUGUGCUUUUGUCGGUUGAGUUUGUUGACACUCUUUCAAUUCUUGUACCAAGAAAGUUUGUGCUCUCCACAAUGGCUGAAUUAAGAAAUCUCACCAUUUGUUCACCUGUUUCUUUCCUUUCUUUGAAUUUCUUAAUCUCAUUUUCUUAGUCUUUUAGGAGCCUAACACACUUUGAUUUUCACUCUUCCAUCUCUCCAGCCUAACAUAUUUCCUAGGCCUAGUCUGUGACUGUAAAACUGUUAGCAACUAAAUCU